AUGACUGAGGCGCAGUGGGUGCAAUCCACCCCCGGGACAGGAAAACGCAAACGCGCAGGGCUCGCGUGUAUUUCAUGCCACUCCAAGAAGAUCAAAUGCGAUCUCCAAGCCAAGAUACCCCAAGGCCAAAGCAGUUGCAGCAACUGCGCGUCAACGGGGAAAGUCUGCAGCCCGAGGCCAUCUAAGCGUGAAAAGGGUCUAUUGGCUCCUGGGACUGGGCAAUCACCCGUCUCUCCCCCUCUUGCCGAUCCUUGUGGCGACAGUAGCGUUGACCUUGCAUCCUUGCACUCCGGCGUGGGACAAAGCGGUCCCGGUAUUGAUGCUGGGGAUGUAGACAUGCAGGAUGUCUCACCUCAUAGCUUAGUUCGGCCAAGUCUGUUUGACUUCGAUGCGGAACUCCUUCGGAGGACUACCUUCCGCGCGACUGAAGGAACCCAACAAUCUGUGACGGCUAGGUCCAAACAAACGCAACCUACCAAUACGCCAUCGGUAUUAGAUGCUUGGUCGGCGGGCUGGGGACCUUCGUCCCAUGAGCAGUCACAUGGAGUCCAGGUGGCAGUUCCAUUCCAGCCAGCUUGUGGUCCAGUGAAUAGCAGGACGAGUACAACUACGGAUGAUCCUGGAGCAUCAACAGGAGGAUCUGAGGGAAAAGACUCAGGUAGUCAUGUCGGUUUGCAGCCCGAUCUACGUCAAAGCUUUACGGAAACAUACUUCGAAUACUGCUACACCUGGUGUCCAAUACUCGACAGGGCGACCUUAUCAACGGAACUCGCAGAAUCCCCACUGUUGGAUAACGCAAUUGCGAUCUUAGGGAGCCAUAUCCGUCCGCCUCUCAUCCCACAUGCCGGGCCAGCCACUUAUUAUAGUCGCGCCCGGCGACUCUUCUAUGACGAAGAGGUGGAAGAAGAAGAAAAAGAAGAAGACAUUAUUGCCACCCUGAAAGCGGUCUCCCUCUUUUACUGGUGGGCACCUCGGCCACCGUCGGUCUCACACAGACACUCCUCCUGGUGGUGGACUUCCAUCGUCAUUAAAUUAGCCCAACAAGCCGGCUUUUAUAGAGAGUCCGCUACCGACAUGUCUAGAAAUAGCAUCAAGCCAUACAUUCUACGGCGAAUAUGGUGGACUGCCUUUGCCCGAGAGCGUCUGACGGCGAUCUGUCAGGGUAAGCCAUGCCUCAUAGACCCUGAGGACUGCAAUAUACCACCGCCAUCGUUGCAAGAUUUCCCACAUUUGGAAGACACGAACAAGGCUGAGGUAUUCGUAUAUUGGAUCCGUCUAUGCACUAUUAUCGGACACAUUGCAAAGGGACUGUCACGAUCGGCAAAUUCAUCGUCAAAUUCCAAAGCCUUCCCUGUGGAUUUAGCUAAAGAACUUAUUGACUGGGUUCAAUCACUUCCUGUCCAUUUGCAGCUACACAUUGAGUCCCGCCAUACACCGAGCUUUAACCGUGAUGUGCACCAGCUACAUCUCCCUUAUCUCGCCGUAAUAAUAGUUCUUCAUCUGACGAGAUCACCACAAUCGCUUCCACAAGCUUUGCCGCCCGCAACGCUCGCCGGAUCCUGCAUUGCUCGCAUUCUCAAAGAUUUCUUGGUAAGGAGUGAGAUCAGAUCUUUGCAGCCCAUUACUUGUUGGUACGUCGGUAUGGGCUUCAUGGCUCUUCUGCAGGCAUCCAGGAGCGAGAGCCUCAAAGAUAGUGCCAGUGCAGAUCUAGAUGUUCUAGCACUCUCUAUCAAGGGAUUGAAAAAUAUGUGGGCGACUGCCGCUCUUUUUGAACACAAGUUUGACCGGCUACGAUCAAACGAGAGAUCUCUGAACUCGGAGGACUUUCCCAAUCGCCACCUAGGAAAUGAACAAUCGACUCGAGCCCUCAAUUCGGAGGAAGAAGCGCUGCACAGUGGCAUAGAUUGGCUGGACUACUUCCCUUUCGUCACCAGUCAGACGAGUGUCGUUGCUAAGAAGCUCCUGGUUCAACAAAGCCAAAACAUGGGCUUCGUUUUCUGGGAUGGCUUGGAUGACGUGACCUCCGACACGAUGCCGAAUUAUCAGGACUUUAUGCAAGGACUUGAGAGUUGGGCUGAUCCAAAUGCCUUUGUGUAG